UCUUACCCUGCACCCAGAGCUUAGCAGAAGAGGACUGGGGCAGAAGGCACCAUGAGUGGUGGCCCUGUAGGAGGCAGGCCUGGGGGUCGAGGGGGGCCAGCAGUUCAGCAAAACAUUCCUUCCAACCUCCUCCAGGACCAUGAGAACCAGCGACUCUUUGAGCUGCUUGGCCGAAAAUGCUGGACACUGGCCACUGCAGUUGUUCAGCUGUACCUGGCACUGCCCCCUGGAGCUGAGCAAUGGACCAUGGAACACUGUGGGGCUGUGUGCUUCGUGAAAGACAACCCUCAGAAGUCCUACUUCAUCCGCCUUUAUGGUCUUCAGGCUGGUCGGCUGCUCUGGGAACAGGAGCUGUACUCCCAGCUGGUCUACUUCACUCCCACGCCCUUCUUCCACACCUUUGCUGGAGAUGACUGCCAAGUAGGACUGAAUUUUGCGGAUGAGAGUGAAGCCCAGGCCUUCCGGACCUUGGUGCAGGAGAAGAUACAAAAAAGGAAUCAGAGGCAAAGUGGAGAAAGACGCCAGCUACCACCACCACCAGCACCGACCAAUGAAGAGAGAAGAGGAGGGCUCCCACCUCUGCCCCCGCAUCCAGGUGGAGACCAUGGGGGCCCAUCAGGUCCACUAUCUCUAGGACUUGUGACAGUCGACAUUCAGAACCCUGACAUCACAAGUUCACGAUACCGUGGGCUCCCUGCGCCGGGCCCUGGCCCAGCUGAUAAGAAACGCUCAGGGAAAAAGAAGAUCAGUAAAGCUGAUAUUGGGGCGCCAAGUGGAUUCAAGUUUUUCCCCUCUGCAGAGCCACUCCCCCCACCGCCGCCACCUUGCAGAGGAGGAGGGAGCCAACCUCUGCGACCUCCUACUGUGGGGAAUAAUAAGGGUCGUUGUGGUCCACUGCCCCCUGUACCUGUGGGGGGUACCCCCUCCCCACCAACACCCCGGGGGCCACCACCCCCAGGGCGAGGGGGCCCUCCACCACCACCCCCUCCAGCUACAGGACGAUCUGGACCGCCACCUCCUCCACUCCCUGGAGCUGGGGGACCACCAGUGCCACCACCACCACCGCCGCCGCCACCACCACCUCCACCCAGUACUGGGAGUGGGCCAGCCCCUCCCCCGCUCCCACCUACUCCGCCGUCUGCGGGAGGGCCCGCACCUAGUGGGGGCCGGGGCGCACUUUUGGAUCAAAUUCGGCAGGGAAUUCAGCUCAACAAGACCCCUGGAGCUCUAGAGAACUCCGUCCAGCAACCUCCACCUCAGAGGUCAGAGGGCCUCGUGGGUGCCCUGAUGCAGGUGAUGCAGAAGAGGAGUAGGGUCAUCCAUUCCUCAGAUGAAGGAGAGGAUCAGACCGGCGAGGAUGAAGAGGAUGACGAGUGGGAUGACUAAGGCCACCGUGCUCCUUCCUGAAGGCCGGUCCCUCUAACUCUUCCAUCACUCUGCCUGCUCUACUAUCCAGCUCCCUAUCCACUGACUGUUAGCUUCCAGAUUCAGCUGCGGCUGAGCCUCAUAGCCUCUCCAAACUCAGCAUCCCUUCUUAAACAAAAGAUUUCAGUUCUCAUCACUCAGGGAUUAAAAAGAAUAGAAUACAUCUUUG